AAUAAAGAUACGGAGCUUGAAUUGUUUGCUUUUCUUCUUCAAUGGGAUAUCCAGACAGAGAACAUCUGUGUAGGGUUGUAUGUAUAAACACAUUGUUCUUGGCGCUCUCGUGGAGCUGUUGGUAAACACGAUAAGAAACAAGUUCAAUGUGACUAGUUCAAGACAGGUAAGGUCAUUGCAAUAAAAAAUAUCUUCUUAGAAACAUUACCCAACUGUUUCAAAUCCCACGAUGCCAGAUAUCAGUUCACAGAAGCCCAAAUUCCCGAAGUCCUACCAAUCCCAAGAAAGUCCUCCCAAAGGAAGGGGAGGCUGGGCCCUGCAACCCGUUCCACACCUGCCCCUCCUCCUCGGACAGGCUUUCAGUUUCCCACAAUGUUAUCUGAGGAGCUGAAGGGAACGAGAUAGCCAGUCCAACGUCCACGAUGCAGCUGGGAUAUAAGCAGGGAGCCCGGCGCUCGGCAGCAGUAUGAACCAGUGUGAAGCCACAAUCUAGAAAUGACAAUGCUUUGGAUUCUGGGCUGCCUGGCGCUCGCCAGCUCUGCUUUCGGGUGCGGGGUCCCGUCCAUCAGGCCAAUCAUCAGCAACUACAACAAGAUCGUGAAUGGGGAGAACGCCGUGCCUGGAUCCUGGCCUUGGCAGGUCUCUCUGCAGGAAACUACUGGGUUUCAUUUCUGCGGCGGAUCCCUGAUCAAUCAGUACUGGGUGGUGACAGCAGCUCAUUGCAGAGUCAGCGCCAGUCGCCAUCGCGUCAUCCUGGGAGAGUACGACAGAUCUUCCAACGCUGAACCCAUCCAGGUGAAGGCCAUCGCCAGGGUCUUCUUUCACCCGAACUACAACGCUCAGAACUUCAACAACGACGUGAGCCUCCUGCGCCUGUCCUCUCCGGCUCAGAUCACUCCCCGCGUGUCCCCCGUGUGCCUGGCUUCCAGCAACAACAUCCCGGCCGGAACCAAGUGUGUCACGACCGGCUGGGGCCGCACUCGCUUCAGCUCCAGCCCAGCCAUUCUGCAGCAGGUCGCUCUGCCCCUCCUCUCCCCCAGCUCCUGCAAACAGUACUGGGGCAACAAGAUCUCUGACGUGAUGAUCUGCGCUGGUGCUUCCGGAGCCUCGUCCUGCCAGGGUGACUCCGGCGGGCCGCUGGUGUGUGAGCGCAGCGGGACCUGGGAUCUCGUGGGCAUCGUGUCCUGGGGCACCCAGGACUGCAGUGUGCAGGCACCUGCCGUGUACGCCCGCGUGGCUGCGCUGCGCAGCUGGAUCGAUAACACUGUGGCGUACAACUAGAGCUUCACGGACACCUGCUACCGCUGUACCUGAGAGACUGUGAAAUAAAGAAAGGCUUGAAUCUGAAGUGACAGCGUGUUAGUGUCUCUGUGGACUGUAUGUGUGUGUGUGUGUGUUUAUAUUGUCCUGUAUAGUUGUUUUUCAGUUUUGUCUCCACUAGGUGGUGGUCUAGAGAAGCAGUGUUGAUAACCACAGGAUCAGAUAUUGACCUAUCUAUACAAACCCAGCAGAGCUGUAAAGAAUGAGACUCUUGUUCUGCAUGGUGAUAUGAAUCAGUGUGUGUGAGAGAGAAGCAGUAUCUAGCCAUUCAAAUACCAGGCACUAACCACAGACACAAAACCCUCUCACAGCGACAGGCAGAUAAACACCAGAGAUAUAUUCGUCACAGGUUUGACUGGAUAGCCCACAAGCACAUCACUGAUCAGGAAGGGCUGGUAAUAGGAAGCCCAGGUAGAGUGGAUCCGAAGAGAAUGAUCGUUUGAGUUCUGGAGGGUUUCCAGGGUGUAUCUCAGCUACACAUGCUGCCUGUGGCUGCUGCUGUAACCGGCGUGCAUAUUAUUCUGAUAAAGGUUUGCUAUAAUACAACCACAGCAAAGCAAAGUGUAAUCACAAAGAAAUACCAAGGACAGCAUAACCAGGGGAAAGCAUAGGGGAAAAACUGUGAGAUUACUGUGCAAAUUUACCUCAUCAAGGGCAAUUAGCAAUUACCCCCCACCCAGAACUG